AUGCUUCAAGCCAAUGUGUUGAGAUACAUCAGACCACUCCCCAAUCAAUUUGCUUCGUUGCAGAGCGCAUAUUCAUCACGUUCUCACAGUGAUGAGGAAGCAGAUUACGAGGCAGCCAGACAGUGGUUCGCAAAAUUCCACUCCAAGGACCAGAAUCCCAGCCCAAUGUCAAAAUCAACCGGAAUGACUGAGCAACAAUCAAAUAUGCUUUCGCUAAAACAAGCCAGGACAAGAUUCGUUAGACCAGGCGGGCCUGGAGGUCAGAAAACCAAUAAGACAAGCACCAAAGCAGACACAGAAUGGAGUAUGAAGGACCUGGAAACCGUCGUGCCAAAAAUACUCUACCAAGGUCUUCGAGCGAGCUCCUAUUAUGUCGCGUCCAGCGACUCAAUAAGGAUAAAGUGCGAUGAGCAAAGAAGCCAGACGCAAAACAAACUGACGUGUUACCAACGGCUAGCCCACGAGAUUGAGAAAAUCUAUAAAACCAAUGUACCAGGCGUGACUACAGCCGUAAAGCAAGAAAGAGUAGUAGCACUACAAAAAGCAGAGAAUCUCAAUAGGUUGAAAUUCAAGAAAAUGCACGGCGACAAAAAGCGAUCUCGAAAAGGUGGUGGGCCGGUGUAA